AUGAGAACAAUAACAAUAAUAUCAGCAACAAGAACAACAACGACAACAAUAAAACCAACGAGAACAACAACAAUUAUACCAACAACAACAACAACAAUAAGACCAACGAGAACAACAACAAUAAUAUCAGCAACAACAACAACAACGACAACAAUAAAACCAACAACAAUAAUAUCAGCAACAACAACAACAACAAUAAAACCAACGAGAACGACAACAAUUAUACCACAACAGCAACAGCAAUAA